UCGGCGCCGCGGCCAGGACAAAAAUUUCCCGCGGUACACGUCAUAAUUCCACCGUGCCGUGCGAACCUCGCCGAUGGAAGCUCGAAUGGCAGCCCGAGGUUGACCGAGAGAGACGCCACGAUCGACGGGACAAUCCGGAGUCGACCAUCGGGAUCGUUGGACGGGAGAGAAGAAGGAGAGAAGACAGCGAGGGACGAGGGCCAGGGAGAAGAUAAAAGAACGGCGACCAUGAGGUGGCAGCCACGACGAGUGGACUGAAAGUUGAUAGUCGAUUCGACCCCGCUGUGGUUCGUGGAAGCAGCGGGUUCUCGGUUCGAUCGAGGCGCGGUGGUUCGCGAGAUCGCGCGACAAAUGUGCACGGGGGUGGACAGUGUGACAUAGUGCGGCGAAGUAGGCGACGAAGAGCUCGGAGAGGGAGGAAAAGGCCAGUGAGCGAGGAACGCGGGAAGAGGAGGAGGUGGGACAGGAUGCGGGGGCACAGGAAGAGGGCGCAGAGCCCCGACGAUUUCUCUUCUUCUUCAUAGGGGAUCGUUUCGCCUCAUCGACGUCGAACGUGACGACGGGCAGCGAGCACGCCGAGGACGACGACGACGAAGACGACGACGUCAACUAGGUGCAUCCCUGAAACGAGCACUGCCGUUUGUUCUCCGAGAUGGCGGAGGAAAAGGAGAAGCAGACGUUCCUGCAGAAACUGCUGUUCUACACGACCGCGUUCUUCAUCCUCCUCAGCACCUUCAGCUUCUUUGCCUUCCUCUUCUUGGUCCCCUUCGUCAUCGACCCCGCCUUCACCACCAUCUUCAUGCAGUUCGACACUCGGCCAGCCGAGUGUGUCACCAUCAACGUUGAGUCCAGGAAAGGUACGAGCAACUGCUCAUGGACAUCCUGUAGAGAGGGUUGCACCAAGGAGCUGUACGAUUGCAAGCAAAUACGCGUCAACUACAAGCUACCUACUAAUACGUCCGAGGAUAGCGAUGGACAGGGUGAGGGAGGCGGAGCGGUAGGAGGUGUCGAGGAUGACGAAAACGGCACGACGAUGGGAUUACCGCGUUACGAGCGCUCCCUAAGGGAGUACGACUACGUCGAGGACCUUGACGAGGAUGUCGCCGAGGACGACGAAGCAGGACUGCCGAAACCCUUUCCUACAGGGCUCAUGGGCAACGACUCCGAGUGGUACUUCACCGGGGCCAAGCUGUUCCCCAACGUAAAAGGCUGUGGAUACCCUCCAAUGCUGAAUUGCAGUAUUUUCUACCGGCAGUACGCCAGCAUAGGGCAGAACUUUAGCUGUUACUACUCGAAAGUGGACCCCGGGAUAGUCAUCAGCGACCUCGACAUGUGGCAGGUGUACAUAAAUCUGGUGUACGCGAUGGCGAUUCCGAUACCGUCUUUCAUAAUCUCGGUGAUAUACCUCACCAUCGCCUACUUCAAGAUCUACAACGAAGACGAGGAGGUCCUCGUGGGCGGCGAGGAUGGCGAGGACGGCGGAGAGGGUGAAGGAAGUAACGCGACACCCCUGCCACUGACGAGCGGCGCCCUUACGCCCGGCAGCGAGGCAUUCAGGGAAGACCUGGCAAGCUUCGGGCAUCAGCUGAAAGUCGCCAUGGCCGACGACAUCAGCAGGGAAAGCCUGGAUGGGAUACCCAACUCGUACUCCAUUCAGGGAAACUUGAGCAAGACGAUGACGACGAGUAUCUUAACUCCGCCUGGGCCGACGGCAGCAGUCUGAAGCGGCACUUUCAAGGUCUGAACAACAUCUCCUGGAAACCGCACUAAGCGGGAACCCAAGAAUGGGAACUAGAAGAGGAGAGGAAGAAAGAGAGAGAGAGAGAGAAAGAGAAAGAGUUUGUUGUACGUAGCUUGUUCGAGUUACCGACCGCGAAUAUAGCCAAUAUUCUCUCACCCGCUACCAAAGAUGAAGGAACGAGGAUUAAAAUAAUCGAAAAGCGCAAUGGCGACGUAGCUUCUCUGGGUAUCUGCACGGAGCGAACCAGUGGUGCACGAUGCUCGACGUAAGAGUUUCGGAAGGA